AUGUCGAAUGUAAGUUGGAAUAUUUCAAUCUCGAAUCAUGAAUAAUUCUUAUAUUUUUCAGUCUUUCGAAAACGCCCAACUCGCCGAAACCGGCAAAAACACUCAAAGGGAUUUGUCAUCCCAAAAUAGACAACAAGAACUUCGUCCUGAUUCUCCAAUUGGAAUUCGCAUCGAACGGUGCUCCAGGCGGAACAGUUAGUUAAUUUUUUUUAUUUUCAGAAAAAUAAAAUUGUUUUGUGUUCAGAUAAUCUAGUUUGAAUAAUUUUUAAAUCAGAUUUUCUGAAUUAAAUGAACAUAUUUAUUGAAUUCUAUGAUUUUCAAGCAAAAAAAAAAUCACCCACCGUACUCAAAAUUAUUCCGCUUUUCUUGCAGGCCAUUGAAAGAGUUGUUGAAACUCAACAUGAAGUUGCUCCACCACCACACUCGCCAACUCCAAUUGACGAUAAAGAGGCUGAGUAUGCGGAGUUCGACGCAAUUUGGCGAAACUUUCGCGCUGAACAAGCGGUUAGUUGUAUUUUUAUGAGAAAAAUUGGAAGUUUCACAGAGAUAAUUUUUUAGAAAUAAGAUUUAAAGAAAAUUCAUGAAAACUUGAGCGGAGAUAAAAGAGAAUUUCUGCUCAAGGAGUGAUUUUUGAACUACAAAAUUUUGAGAAGAAAUAUUUUAUGGAAAAAUUUCUCAAAAAAUUUUGAAAAUCAUAAAAACCCACCGUGCUCAAAUUUAUUCCGUUUAUCUUGCAGGCCAUUGGAAGAGUUGUUGAAACUCAACAUGAAGUUGCCUCUCCACAACAAUCGCCAAUUCCAAUUGACGAUAAGGAGACUGGGUAUGCGGAGUUCGACGCAAUUUGGCGAAACUUUCGCGCUGAACAAAAACAAUCGCCAAAUCCAAGUGAAAAUAUGGAUGAGCAGCAGAAUUGUUUCGAAUUUGGCGAAAUAUGGCAAAACUUCUACGCUCAGCAAGACGUUAGUUGCAUUUUUAUGAAAAAAAUUGAAAGUUUAAUUAAGAUUUUUUUUUAGGAAAAAAUUUGAAUUAAAAAUAAAAGAGACAAUUUUUUAGAAAUAAGAUUUUGAGAAAAAUCAUGAAAACCUGAGCUGAUAGAAACGAGAAAUUCUGCGCAAGGAAUGAUUUUUGAACUACAAAAUUUUGAAAAUCAUAAAAACCCACCGUACUCAAAUUUAUUCCGCUCUUCUUGCAGGAGUCUCAAGAAAGUGUCGAAAUUGCUGAUCCACCAAAAUCUCCAACUGAAGAUAUGGGAAUUCCGGUGACCAAUAUCGCCGAAAUCAAAGAGCUAUUGAAAAUUUUUUUCGCUCAUUCCCGAUCAGAAGUUCCUGUCGCAACCGAUGCUCCGCAAACUCCAAAUACGAAUGGUGAAGAUGAAGGAGGAGAAAUCGUCGAGCAAUUAUUCAAUGAAUCAUCUGCUGCUGGACAUGAUGAAAAUGAUGAUGAUGAAGAGCCGGAGAUCCAAAAUCUGCAAACUUUGGAAUUUUCGACGAAUUCACGAAAUUCAAACUCACCACCUUCUUCAGUCGAAUCGUCAAUUCGUGAAAUCACCGAAGUUUCCGAUGAAACUACAAAUAUUCCGGCUGAAGAUAUGAAUAUGAUGUCGAAUGCACACUCCGAUGCUGAUGAUUUUGAUUUUUAUGAUGUUUAUAAUUAUGAAGAAGAUGCUCCAUCGGAAGAUCGAGAAGACGAAGAUCCGUGUCCGUCGCCUGCCCCAUGACAGAUUCCGUGCUCUCUCUCCAACUGACACGCCAGACGAACGGUUGGCACGGCGACGGGCUCUUCGACGCGGAACACCUGGCUACAAUCCACCAGCCCGAGCUCCAAUUCCGGUCUUCGUUGAUCAUGGCAGAAACUUUGAUUCUGAUGACGAGCCACUUUCUCCAAUAAGACCUAUUCGUGGACCUGGCAUUGUCAUCAGAUCAUCGGGAAAUUUAGGAGAAGUCAUGCUCACCGAUGAUCUUUAUGAUGCGGAUUCGAAUGUUGAUUUGACUGGUGAUUUGUUCAUGGUAAGAACUAAUGGUCGCGUUCCCCAAAAGCGGAUCAAUAUUGCCACGGACAACUCGAUUUCGCUUUUUGUCAAUGGCAAAUGUUACGAUGACAUCGAACGACGAAUCCGUGAGCGAGUUGAAGACGAAGUGAGGUCGUCGAUGAAGAAUUUCAAGGGAAUUAUGGUUCCGCGAGAAUGUUAUGGUCCAUUGUGUCGAUUAUGGAACAUCCGUCCGACAGCUGCUCCACCCACUCAACGACCAACUCGCAAACGAUCAUCUUCAUCGUCGACGUCGCCAACAAAAAGACCAAGAAUUGCAGAAGCUAUGGAUUUGGCGGCUCCCACAACAUCCGGUGCUCCUCCAACACCAACGAGUCCCAUUCCAAAUGCUGAUGCCAAUAUUGUGCUCACGCCACCAACAAUUCUUGCUCCACAACUUGUUGCGACCGCCUCUGUUGUUGGCGUCUUGCCGACGCCGACGUCAACAACACGCCAAUCAAAUCGCGUCCCUCAAGUUGUCGCCACUGCUCCCGCCUCUGUUGUUGGCGUCUUGCCGACGCCGACGUCAACAACACGCCAAUCAAUCCUCGUCCCACAUGUCGCCACUGUUUCCGCCUCUGUUGUUGCAGUCUUGCCGACGCCGACUCCAACAUCAAGCCCUCCAUCAAAGAAGCGUGGUCGACCCUCAAAAUCCAACUCGACUGUCGCAAAAAUUCAAAAACCGGCUGCCAAAAAGGUUCAUGCAAUGGUACUGAGAUCGGAUGAUGCAAACCAACAACUAGCACCAUCGAAAUUCUUGAAAAGCAAGACGCCGAUUUUGUCGAUAAGAGAUGUGAAGAGAAUUAUGGAAGACAUCGAAGCCGCGCUCAACCAUCUCGAUUUUGGCGCCAACAAAACGAAUUUGAUGAAUAAGUUGAAAGAACUUCGCAAAUUGACCAAAGAUUAUGCCAUCAAACCAUCGGCCAGAAAGUUCACCAAAUUGUCAGCAAAAUGCGAUAGUUUAGGAACAUGUAUCGAGCUUUAUGCUCGAUAG